AAAUAUGUCCACUCUAAAACCGCCGGAACCACCGUACCCGAUAGGCGUCGUCGCGGCGCUCGCCCACGCCAAAGAUCCCUCCAUCGCCCCCAAACCAACGCUGCUUACCAGAGAGUUCUCCCUAGAUGACAGAGUAGGUAUCGUUUCCGGCGGUAACCGAGGACUAGGUCUCGAGGCGGCUAUGGCCUUGCUGGAGGCAGGUGCGAGGGCUGUCUAUUGUUUCGACUUACCGCAAGAGCCGGGAGACGAAUGGAAAGCGGUAAAGGAUUAUAUCGCGAAGAUGGACCUCGGUAACGGGAAGCAGGGCGGACGGCUUGAGUACGUGAGCGCCGAUGUGACCGACCAGAAGGGGAUGUGGGAGAAAGCCGAGAAGAUUGGGGACAAGGAGGGCCGCGUAGACGUGUGUGUCGCGGCGGCAGGUAUCUUGAAGAAUCAUACAGAUUGCUUGGAGUACCCGGCGGAGCAGUUCAAACAGGUCCUAGAUAUCAAUACGCACGGCGUAUUGUUCACGGCGCAAGCUGCUGGCAGGCAGAUGUCCAGAUUCGGGUUACCGGGCAGCAUAGUAAUGAUCGCUUCCAUGAGCGGGAGCAUCACUAACCGGGACCAUGCAUGGGUGUCGUACAAUACCAGCAAGUCCGCUGUCCUGCAGAUGGCACGCAGUAUGGCUUGCGAGCUCGGCGUGAAGGGGAUCAGAGUUAACACAAUAUCACCGGGACACAUCUAUACGUCGAUGACUGCGGCGUAUCUCGACACGCAACCGGAGCUCCUAGCCAAGUGGUCCAGCAUGAACCCAUUGGGAAGGAUUGGGCGCCCCGACGAGAUGAGAGGCGUUGUUACCUGGCUGGCGAGCGAUGCCAGUACGUUCUGCACGGGCAGCGAUAUUCUUGUUAGUGGAGGUCAUCAUGCGUGGUGA